AUGGCAGCUCCAGGGAAGGCAACGACCGCGUCAGACGCCAUGAAGAUGUUAGAUCCGUGUCGGUUAAAACCUGAUAGCGUGGAGACGGAACAAAUCGUCGCCGUCCUGGAUGAGACGAUCGUCAAGCUGGAGCGGAGCAGUUUGAUCCCAGGUAUCAUUGACUCUCUGGGUAGGUUUGCUGACAUGCUGGGACCUGAGAUCACAAACGCCCUGAUCGAGCACCGAAAGCUUGCAGCUGAAAUGGAGCACCUGCUUGCCAGCUCCGAGGAAGGGGACAGCACUGAGGAACAGCGGGGCUGCCUCUGCUUGCUAGAGCAACGCCUGAAACGUUCCGUUAGAAACGUCCUCAGGCUCCUGCUGGCCCGGCCUUCGCUUUGCCAGGCUCUGAAAUGCAAAGCCUGGGUGAGAGAGCCACCGGCUGAAGUGUUCAUCAACGCCUUUGGGGAGUUCAGGAAUUUCAUGCUUGAGAGACUCCUGACCAGUCCUGUGGAAGAGAAAGAAAAGAUUCAGUUCAUGAACGACGUCUCCCUCCGGAUUAAGACAAACACUGAAGCAAUCGCAGCUCUACAGGCAGAGCUGGCAGCAGCAAUCCGGACUCGCGAGGAGAUUCACAAGGACAGCGUGAUCAGAGACCUCAAGAACAGCAUGCGAGAGCUGACCAAAGACUGCGAGGCAGGCAUCCAGCAGACCAAGCAGGAAGGAGAAAAACAGCGGAAAGAGGAGCGGAAAGCCUCCCAGGCCAGGUGUGCCAGGCUACAGCAGGACAUUCAGGAGCUCGGAGCACAGCUCAAUACCCUUGUACUGGAGCAUCGAGCGUCGGAGCUGGCUCUCAGAAAGAGAAACUGUAGAGUGGAGACGGAAAUUAUGAACUGGGUCCAGAAAUACAACACAGACAUGGGAGAAAAACAGGCUGAGUACGAGGAGGUUCACGCUGCCUACGCCAAGGAGAAGGCCCAGCUGGCCCUGCUGAUGGAGAAGCGCGCUGUGCUUCUCCAGGAGUAUACCCAGAUUGAGGAGGAGAGCAGGAUAUGCCAGGAGAAGAAGGAGCAGGCUUUGAAGGAAUUCACCGCCAUGACCCUUGCUGCCACGCGCAUCCAGGCCUUCUGGAGAGGCUACUUGGUCCGGUCCCACUUCAAGUCAAAACGGAAUAAAAAGAAGAAGGGCAAGGAGAAGGGCAAGGGAGGAAGCUGCAGGACCAUUGCUUACCAGCGAGAGAAAGGACACAAGCCCCGACGGGGCAUCACCCAGCACUUUGCGUGUGUCGGCAGGGGCUGUCUGAGGGGUGCCAAAGCUUACCUGGAGAGGUGUUCAGCUGCGCGACAGGCUGAGAACACCUUCUGGUGGGAGCGCGCCCGCCUUCGGAGUCCAAAGCUCUCUCAGACGCAGGACGUGCCCUCACGAGCUGCCUCGGUGUCUGCUGGUCCCAGAGACCUGGGUAGCAAUUUUGUGCCCGCUACCCAGCGACUCGAUGAGGUUCUGAAGGGCAGGCAGCUGCCUGCGCUGGCCUCUGCGAAGCAGAGGAGGCCUCGGAAGUCGCUGCUGUCGAGUGUUUGCCUUGGGCAGAAGCAGCUGCUGGUCGUGUUCGGUGAGAAGAUGCCCCUGAGUGAACUGCUCUCCAGAUCGGCGCUGCGUGCAGGCCCCGAAACCGGCCGCCACGCUGUACGGACGCAGGCAGAGAUGGCCCACACGUGUCGCGGGACCAUCAACCUGUCCACGGCUCACAUCGACACGGAGGACUCGUGUAACAUCGUGCUCUCCAACGGGGGAAGGACCUACCACCUAAAGGCGACCUCGGAGGUGGAGAGGCAGCGCUGGGUCACGGCCCUGGAGCUGGCCAAAGCGAAAGCCAUCCGCAUGAGGAACAACCAGUCAGACGACUCGGGCGACGAGGAGCCCGCCUCGCAGUCAGACAAGAGCGAGCUGCACGGCACGCUGCGGACGCUCUCGGGGAAGCUGGAGGACCUGAGCACCU